AUGGAGGAUCUAUGUCAAAACUGUAAACAUCGUUAAUUGAGAUCAAGAAUGGUAGGUAAGAAGUUAAGUUCAAAUUUAAUGGAUUAGAUAUAAAAGAUACGAUCUCCAAGGAAUAUUGAAGAUCCAUAUAUAAAUGUGAUUGAAUAUUUAUAGAAUAUUCAUAAAAGAAAAGAAGAGAAACCAAAAUAAGCAAUAUAAUUUUAAAGACUUAAGACUCACACAUCAAAAUAAAGAACUGAGGUUUAAAUGGAAGAAGCAGCUACAAUAACAACAUCUCGUUUAGAUUAAUUUCCAUUGACUUAAUAGAUAUCAAGAGGUGCAAGUGGAAAUAAGAUAAUGAGUAGUGCUUUUUACAAAAUGAAAAGAAUGUGUUAAAGUUCAAGAGAUGGAUAGAAAAGAAGAAAUAUUGAGAUUGGUCCUAUGUUUAAUUAAGUUUCAAAAUAUAUCUAACCAUUAAGACCUACAACUGUGAGAAGUGUUAAUUCGAAGAUUGAUGAAAUAAUGAGAUCAACAUUAACAAGUGCUAGAUAAGAUUUAUUGAGACAUAGCAAAUCAGAAAUGCAUUUGAGAUUACCUGUUUCUAAUAAAUUAAGUGAAGUACAAUCCUUAAUGAAAAGAGAAUGA